AGUUCUUUCUCCUCCUGCAGGAUCACUACUACUGUUGCCUGUAACAUGGACCUGUCAAAAUAUCCCAUGGACACACAAACAUGCCGACUGCAGCUGGAAAGUUGGGGCUAUGAUGAAAAUGAUGUCACCUUCACAUGGCUGAGAGGAAACGACUCCGUCCAUGGCAUGGAGAAGCUGCGGCUCUCUCAGUACACGGUGCAGCGUUACCACACCCUGGUCUCCACCUCACAGCAGGAGACAGGCAGUUACCCACGCCUGAUACUACAGUUUGAGCUGAGAAGAAAUGUGCUUUACUUCAUUUUGGAGACCUACGUGCCCUCCACUCUGCUGGUCAUGUUGUCCUGGGUUUCUUUUUGGAUCACACUGGACUCAGUGCCUGCCAGAACCUGCAUUGGAGUCACAACAGUGCUUUCCAUGACGACUCUGAUGAUCGGCUCACGGAGUUCACUUUCAAAAACCAACUGUUUCAUUAAGGCCAUUGAUGUUUAUCUUGGCAUCUGCUUCAGCUUCAUCUUUGGUGCCCUUGUGGAGUAUGCAGUGGCUCACUACAGCUCAUCACAAAAGUGUGCAGCUAAAGUACCUCAAGAGGGGCCAGCAAAUGAGCUCACUAAAGAAAUGGAAGAAGUCAACAUCACUAACAUCCUCAACAAUUCCAUCACCAGCUGUAAACAGCAAAUCAGCUUCACAAGCGUUGAGAUUUCCAGUGAUAAUGUUAACUGCAGUGACUUGACUAUGAAAAGUCAUGAGAAAAUCAAAUGUGUCCUGAGAAACAAAAUGCACAGGAUUAUUGGUUAUUUCACAAUUCAGAACCCUGGCAAUGUGGACCACUACUCCAAAUUGCUUUUCCCUUUGUUUUUUAUGCUGGUCAAUGUGUUUUAUUGGGCUUAUUAUCUCUAUUUUUAGUAGAAAUCAGUUGCUUCAUUCUCCUACUUCAGCAGGAAAGGAGUCGAGCUGGUGGGUAUCCAGUGAUAACAUCAGUGAAUUCAACGUGGACAAAAUGCUUGUGUCCUGAGGUACCCAGCAGAAGAGUGUGUGAGGUGUGCAAGAUCAACACUGACUCUGGACAGCAGCUGCUCAGCUGGGUGGCUGUGCUGGGC